AUGACAAAUGUAUUGAAAGAAGCGACACCUUUAUUGGAUAAAAAUACUAACGAUCAUGUGGAUACAAGAGGGAAGAAACAGGCAUUUUCACGCUGGCAAGACGAUGAGGUUGUUGUUGAAGACGAAUCCAGUGAUAUGGACGCCUUAUCUCGUAAACGGAGACGCAAGUCGGCACAACGUCAGAUGUUGUGUCUUCAACUCAGUUUAUUGCUCUUGUUGGUAUGGGACUUGGCCAGUCUUAUCUUUGUCUGCCUAUUUGGGCUUGGGAGGUCGGCCUUUAUCCGAUUGGACUGGCUACUGGACGUGCAGCAGAUUCCAUGGCGUUUCUGGGGACUUCCUGUGUGGUUUACAAUGAUGAAAAGUUUCUUGUUUCUAUUGGCAACUUGCUGGCCUGAUGCACGUGUUAUCACGUGGAUUGUCAACUUUUUCUGUCUUGUCUUUUUGAGUGUCUUGGCGGUCGAUGCGUUUAAGUUGGACGCGAUUUCGCGUCUUGAUGAAGAAAAGCAGGCACUCGUGGACGCUAAUGUGGCCAAUUCAUUGCCCUUGAUCUUUACUGUAUUGGAGGUUGUCAACUUGAGCUACUUGUUAGAUUCUAUUAGGACUCCAGCAACAGAGGAGAGCAAAGGCGACUUGCCUCAAAUUGUUGCGGACAAACCUGAUGAUGAAACAAAGAAGCCGCGUGGUAUUUCGUUCGUUAAGCUCAUGUACAUUUUGAAACCGUACUUCUGGCCUUAUGGCUUUCACAACAAACUGCGUGCUGCUAGCACUUAUGUGGUGCUGAUUUUGAGUAAAUUGGCGAAUCUGACGGCACCGUUGUUUAUGGCGACGGCGACAAAUGCAUUAGUGUCGAAAGAUGUCGGUGGUGCAAUCUGGAAUAUUGCUGUUUUCAGUGCUUUGACCCUCGUGUCGAAGCUGUUCAAGGAAUUGCAAUCGCUCAUUUACCUUACAGUAAAACAGACGGCGUACAUUGAGCUAGCGACACUUACUUACGAACAUGUGCAGUCGCUCUCGUACGACUGGCAUGUGCAGAAGAAGUUGGGUGACGUGUUGCGGUCUAUGGAUCGUGGUGUUGAAUCGGCCAACAGUGUUGUGUCUUACGCUUUCUUAUACCUGAUCCCGACAUUGGCAGAGUCUAUAGUGGUAAUUGUGAUUUUCGCACUGCAUUUUGAGCUAGCGGGACUGAGCUUUGUAGCAUUCUCCAGUCUGGUGGUGUACGCUUAUCUCACAAUCAAGAUCACACUCUGGCGCAAGAAGUACCGUGAGGCAUCAAUGCGCCACGAUAAUGAGUAUCAUGAUAAGGCUACUGAUGCGCUGCUAAAUUAUGAGACCAUCAAGUACUUUGGAAACGAGCGCCAUGAAGUUGAGGAAUAUUCCAAGGUGAUUGAAAAGUACCAGCGCUACUCACUUUCCGUUCAGGCCUCACUGAGUGUGCUGAAUGGCACGCAGGCGGUCAUCAUUCAGGCCACUGUUUUAGCGGCACUUGCACUGGCAGCUCCACACGUGGUGAGUGAGGACAGUGGGCGCAGGAUUGACAUUGGUGCUUUCAUCGCCAUCUCAGUGUACCUUACGAACUUAUUUGCACCGUUGUUUUUCUUGGGUGGUAUUUACAACAUGAUGAUUAAUUCGGUCGUCGAUAUGAAGAAGCUGAGUGAGUUGCUUUCAGUGGAGCCUGAUAUCAUUGAUGCGCCCGAUGCAGCACAUUUUGAAAUGAGCAAAUACGACUUGGAGAACGGCAUUGACGUGGUUUUCCGCCAGGUGUCUUUCCAUUACCCAUCCCAGUCAGCUAGUACUGGCGUCAAGAACUUGGACUUUACCAUCUCGCGUGGUACGACUACUGCACUUGUUGGCGAGACUGGUGCCGGAAAGACUACCAUUUCCCGACUACUUUUCCGCUUCUACGAAUGUACCUCUGGUAAAAUUCUGGUGAACCACCACGAUAUUGCCACGGUGACUCAGCAGUCGCUGCGGCAGGCCAUUGGUAUAGUGCCCCAGGACACGGUGCUUUUCAAUGACACUAUCUUUCGUAACGUCAAGUACGGCAACCUGAAUGCAACUUUUGACCAGGUCGUCGAAGCAGCCAAGGCCGCUCGCAUCUACGACUUUAUUAUGCAACUUCCGGAUCAAUGGAACACGAAAGUUGGUGAGCGUGGACUGAAGCUCUCGGGUGGUGAGAAACAACGUGUCGCCAUUGCACGUACUUUGUUGAAGGAUCCGCCUUUGGUCAUCCUGGACGAGGCUACUUCAGCACUCGACACGGUCACGGAGCAGGAGAUCCAGGCCGCUCUCAACCGUCUCAAGGCUAACCGCACAAUGCUUGUCAUCGCGCACCGCUUGUCCACGAUUCGUGACGCGCAUCAGAUCAUCGUUAUGCAACAUGGUACCAUUGCCGAGCAUGGUACCCACGAAGAGCUACUGGCACAACGCGGCAGCAUUUACGCGAGAAUGUGGGAUGCUCAACGUAAGCACGAAGGUGAAGGAUUAGUUGUAAAUGGCUAA